GGUCGGAUUAGUGUCUGGUAUGCUCUACGUAACUCUACUACUGAAGCUAUGGACUUAUACUUGAACCCGUUUCUCAGGAAUAAAAUGCACCCGCAAGACAACGUAUCCAGAGAACAUCCCAUGGUUCUAUUCUGGUCAACUCUUCAGACAGGUGUAAUUCUGAAGGUAAAGUUAAGACAUGUAUGAUGUUCCAACCUUAAACACACACAAACGGUAGUGUGAAAACAGAUAGAAAGAUAAGAUAUGGUUCUGACGUAAGAUCAUGUGAUAAAUAAAUAGCUUUCGGGGCCCAGUAGUAUCGGUGGCACGGAAGAGAAACCUUCAAGUCAGCUACUUGUUGUGUCUCAUGUUUCAGGGCAUGAUUCAACUUCUAACAAUGUAUAAAUCAUUGUUUACGAGUCAUGUGGGUGUGUGUGUGUGCGGUAACACAAGAUUCUAGUUCAAAGGGACAUGUUGUGAUGUCACAGAGGUUGUAUAUGACUCCCUGAGGGCGGGGCCACAGUCCGCCGGCCCCCGGGCUGUUUGUGCUGGAGUCCAUCCCAGGAGUGAAGGGUUCCACAACAAAUACUGAUAGCCGAUUUGAUUACCAUCCGAUUGUUUAAUUGCAUUGCAUAAUUGAUCAAGUUGUGUACUUGAUGGUGUGUCUUAAACUCCAGGGAUUGACCAAACCCCUGGCGUGCAAGACACAGACAUAAUGCUGUGUCUUAAACUCUGGGGUUGCUUUGGUCAAACCAGAAAGUGUGUGGCCAGCUGACGUCACGGAGUGAGGUCAGCUCCGAGUAAGUGUUGUGUGUGGGUGUACAUCGGGCUCCUGUGUGUGUGUGGGACGGGCUGGGCGAACCUGUGGAGCCGGUCGGGUGGCUGGUGAGCUGCUCCCCUCCAUGGACCUCCCCCUCCUGUGACAAAGGACAUCAUAUGAACCGGCCCUCGGCUCCUCAUCUCGCAUUGGACUGGUUGACUGGCUCUCUCUCUCGCUCUCUCCACCACGGUACAAGGGACAAAAAAACACAGGGGGGCUUUACGUCACAGAGACAACAGCAGGGAGAUCAACAGGGACAGCACCGUAGCCGUCUAUCAACACUGUUACCAGCUUCCCUCGCCGAAUCAAGAAGGACUUCAAACCGUCCACCCACCUGAUCCGACAUGGUUUCUGCCGGGCUGCAGAUGCUGGGCGCGGCGCUGGCCGUCCUGGGCUGGAUCGGCGCCAUCGUGGUGUGCGCUCUGCCCAUGUGGAAGGUGAGCGCCUUCAUCGGCAGCAACAUCAUCACGGCGCAAACCACCUGGGAGGGCAUCUGGAUGAACUGCGUGGUGCAGAGCACGGGCCAGAUGCAGUGCAAGGUGUACGACUCUCUCCUGGCGCUGAGCUCGGACCUGCAGGCGGCGAGGGCCCUGACCAUCGUGUCCAUCGUGGUGGGCGUGGUGGCCAUCCUGCUGGCGGUGGCCGGAGGCAAGUGCACCAACUGCAUAGAGGACCAGUCCUCCAAGGCCAAGGUGGGCAUCGCGGCCGGCGUCAUGUUCCUGGUGACGGGGGUGCUGGUGCUGGUGCCCGUGUGCUGGACGGCCAACACCGUCAUCCAGAACUUCUACAACCCCAUCCUGGUGGGGGCCCAGAAGAGGGAGCUGGGGGUUACCAUGGUGUCCCAGGGCCUCCAGCUGAUGGGGGUGCUCCUGGCCUUCGUGGGCUGGGUGGGCACCAUCGCCACCUGCGCCAUGCCCAUGUGGAGGGUCACCGCCUUCGUGGGCGCCAACAUCGUGACGGCGCAGACCAUCUGGGAGGGCCUGUGGAUGACCUGCGUGGUGCAGAGCACGGGCCAGAUGCAGUGCAAGAUCUACGACUCCAUGCUGGCGCUGAGCUCGGACCUGCAGGCGGCCCGGGCCAUGGUGAUCGUCUCGGUGGUGGUGGGCGUGUUCGGGGCGCUCACCGCCAUCAUGGGGGGGAAGUGCACCAACUGCAUGGAGGACCCGACGGCCAAGGCCAAAGCCUGCGUCGUCUCGGGGGUGAUCUUUCUCAUCUCCGCCUUCCUGGUGCUCAUCCCUGUGUCCUGGUCGGCCCACACCAUCAUCCGGGACUUCUACAACCCCCUGGUGAACGCCGCCCAGCGCCGGGAGCUGGGCGCCUCGCUCUACCUGGGCUGGGGGUCGGCAGGGCUGCUCCUGUUGGGUGGGGGGCUGCUGUGUAACAACUGCCCCCCGAAGGAGAACCGACCCUACACUGCGGCCAAGUUCGCGCCCCUCAGGUCGGCCUCUGCGAACAAGGACUAUGUGUGAGUCUCUCACGGUGAGGACAGGAUGUGGGUCAUGUUGGGUCCUGUGGGAAUGAGAGGGAGUACUAGGAUAGAAAUGACUAGGACUUGAUCAGUGUCUGUCAAUGUAUUUGAAGUAUCUUAACAAUCAAUCCAAGCUACAGGCGCUUGACAUGUGUCUAUUUGAUUUGAUUCCUAUAGAUAGCUCUUUAUUUUUCCAUCAUAUGUUUUGCAUGUUGUGAAAGCCUGAUGCACGAUACUAGUGUAUGAUUUGUAUUGAUAACAUAUAACACUGAUAACAGAGGCUCUACAGGGCUUAUUGUUCUUCAUUUUGUAAGUACAUUGCUUUUUAAAAGGUUUAAAUUUAUCAAAUUAUUGUAUGUUUUAUUCUUCUAUCCUUUAAAGAAACAUUAAAGAAUUAGAAUUUGUAGAAAAA